UGUAUAAUACUUCUGCGAAAAUUUAAUUUUUAAUAGAUCAAAGUUCGUAAUAUUUGAAAGUGUCGAGGAUGUUGCAUUAGACUUAAAGAUAUGCCAUAAAAGGCUCUCAAGGUCUUAAUCUAAUUUUUAUGAAUUUAUUUCAUAAUCAUAAAUUUAGUCGUUGAUUAAAACUAUAGUUUUUAGCCCACUGUAAGUUGCAGUUGUAAACGAUUUUUCACAGCAAAAAAAGGUAUUUGCAUUGAAGGCGAUCAAGCAGAAAAUGCUCAAACUGCAACAGCAGCACCAAAAAGACAUCUUGCAUCACACGCAAGAUUUGUGGAUUUUGCGGUGAGCAAGAGCAGCAGCAAAUAAAUCGAAUAUAAAAGCGCAGUAGCCAAACAAAUGGAGCGUUCAGUUAGAUGGCAGCAUGAUGAGGGAACACCUGAAGCUGCUGUUGAUCUUGGGCCUGCUGCUGACAUACGCGGCGGCCAAGAAGAAGGAGUCCUCUUCGGAGGAGGAGGAAGAGGGCGGCGAGAAGCACGAGAAAAAGAAAUAUGGUGAUGAAGAGCAUAAGGGCGAACAUGGACAUAAGAAGCACAAGGAAUGGGAGGAGGAUGAGAAGAAACAUCACGAGGCCGAGGAUCACGAACAUCAUCAUGGCGACAAGGGCGAAAAGAAAAAGAAACACUACGAUGAGAAGGAAGAGUAUGGCGAGAAGCACGAGCAUGGUGCCCACAAAAAGGGGGGCAAGCAUCACCACAAGAAGAAGCACAAGAAGGGUCACAAGGAGUUGGAGUAUCACAAGAAAUUCAAUAAGGAUGAGUACCACAAGGAGAAGAAGUUCUACGAUGAUGAGCAUAAGGGCGGACAUCACAAGAAGUACGGAAAGGAGCACAAGCAUCAUGAGGAGGAACAUGGCGAGGCGAAGAAGGGCGAGAAGCAUGACAGUGGCAAGAAAAAAGGACACAAAAAGAAGGAGGGACACUACAAAAAGGGACAUCACGACGAGGAUCACAAGAAGUACAAGAAGGAGCACAAAUACGGCGACAGUUACGAGGAGAAGGAAGAGCACGGCAAGAAGGGAGAGAAGAAGCACGGUCACAAGCAUCACAAGAAGAGUGGCAAGAAGCAUGGUUAAAACUUGUGUUUCGUUCUAGACUCAUUAAUAAAGAAA